UAAGGGAAACACAGCUGCGAUUUGAUAAUACAGAAGGAAAUUUAUAUCAUACGAUAAUAUUUAAUAAAAAUGGAGGAUCAAGAAAUGCAGUUGAAAGUAAAAAGAGUGACUGAUAAAUUCACAGAGAGUAUGUAUGUUUUGGCCAAUGAACCGUCGAUAGCGCUUUAUAGGUUACAAGAGCACGUCAGGAGAUCCCUACCAGAGCUCGUGCAACACAAGACAGACAUGCAGAGUUGGGAGGAGCAAAGUCAAGGAGCAAUCUACACUGUUGAAUAUGCAUGCAGUGCGGUUAAAAGCAUGACGAAUAGUAGUCUCUAUUUCAAGAAUAUAGACGGUCUGCUCCGGCAAGCCAUUUCACUGAAGGAACAGAUCAGCAGCUCACAGGGUCGAAGUGCUGUGAAACCUGCAAUUAAUCCAAAUGAUACACCCACACACACUUCAGUCACACCACCUUGACUCAUGGAAGUCUUUCUCCAAGGAAAAGAGCUUUGGAUCCUGGCAUGCUAAAGGAUGGAGGGGAAAAGCACAGCUCUGGGAUAUAAACUGAUGAAGAUCUGGAUAAAAUAGAUCUGAAUAUUCCAUAUUCACUUGUUGCCACCACUUAAUAUUAAUGAUGAUUACUACUCUAAAAUAUUGAAGCCCAUUGUCAAAUCCGAGUUACAAAAUAAAAAAGGUAAUUCUGAGUUUAAAAUAAGAAAUAAAUACAUAUAGUGAGAUCAAAGUCACAAUUAGGAGUUGCAACUCCAGGAAUAUAUUGCAGUUGCUAGACUUAAUGUCACAUUAUGCAAUAUAAAGUCACAAUUUGCAAGGUUUAAAGUCAAAUUGUGAGAUGAAAGUCACAGUUGGGAAAUAUAAAGUUGCAACUGCAAAGAAAAUAUUGCAUUUGCCAGAUUUAAUGUAACAUUGAAGUGAUGAAGUUACAUUAUAAAAUUUAAAUACACAAUUAUAAAAAUGUAAUGUCUCAAUUAGCAAAAAAAAAGUUGUAAUUGUGAAGUUUAAUGUCACACUGCAACAUUUAAAGUCACAUUAUGAGAUACAAUGUCACAAAUAGAAUAUAUAAAGUUGCAACUGCAAAGGAAAAUAUCGGCGUUGCGAGAUUUAAUAUUGCAUUGCGAAAUGUAACAUUAUGAGAGAUAAAUUAAAAGUCACAAUUGCAAGAUAUAAAGUCAUGAUUGCCACUUUUUUUCUUUAUUCUGAGGCAGAAAUGGGCUUCCCAUUACAUUUUUUGGUAUUGACAUAUGAUAUUUAUAAGCUGCUUUAGGUGUUCUGGUUACAAUUUGUUCACAUUUUGCACAUUAAUUCUUCAUUUGUUGUAAUAAGGUAAAUGUAACUGUUCUGUAAAUGUGUAUAUGCUGAAUUUAAAGAUUAAAGUUUUUAAGUAUAAUU